GCAAAAUGAAUCAGGCACUCGACAGGAACACUACAUCCGGGUAACCCCUUGGGUCCUGACAGCGCGGAAAAAAGCAUUAGCUAAAUAAUCCGAGCAGCAUGUCUGGAAGAGAAGGAGGUAAAAAGAAGCCCCUCAAGGCUCCCAAGAAGCAGUCGAAGGAGAUGGACGAUGAGGACAUGGCUUUCAAACAAAAACAGAAAGAGGAGCAGAAAGCAAUGGAGCAGUUGAAAGCCAAGGCUGCUGGAAAAGGACCUUUAACUGGAGGUGGAAUCAAGAAGUCUGGGAAGAAAUGAAUGUGUUUUAGUGUAUUUGCUUGCCGUUCAAACCACCAACUCAUGAUUUGGGUCCACAAUGGCAACGUGAUUUUUUUUUUUUUUUAGUUACUUUAUAUUGCUCUUGUAAAGAAAACGUUAAGAAAUAAAGUUUGUAAUGACUGUAAAUUUCAAUUUCAGAUGUUUAAUGUCUUUGAUUGUGAAACAUUCAUAUGACAUUCAAAACAAGUGUACAAUAUUCAAGCAUUUUAAGUAAAUUCGUGUAACCAGAAGUGCAGAAGUGUUCAUAAAAGCUUAUUCAUCUUUAUAUUCAGAUCUCCGGAGUCAUAAUUGUCAAGUCAAUGAAAUGUUCCAUCUCACAACAUCAUCUUCAUUUAACCUGAAGAGAGAAAAAGUAUUAGUAGUAGUAAAAGUUUUAGUAAUGUGGCUUGUUUUUAGUCAUUGUGUUGUUCCGUGUGUCUUACGUUUACGUUUAAGCUGCUUACGUUUUCUUUUCAGUUCCACCUCUACUGGAUAGUGGUCACUCACUUUAAUCGCCUGUGAAGACAUUACAUUAAGCUGAAUGUACAGUAAUAACUUGUGUUUUUUAUGUUAAGUGUGAUUAAAUAUAAGUUUCUCAUUUA